UCCACCAUGAGGCGAGGUGGAUGGAGGAAGCGAGCUGAAAAUGAUGGCUGGGAAAAAUGGGGUGGCUAUAUGGCUGCCAAGGUCCAGAAAUUGGAGGAGCAGUUCCGAUCAGAUGCUGCUAAGCAGAAGGAUGGGACUUCAUCUGCAAUAUUUAGUGGAGUUGCCAUCUAUGUUAAUGGAUAUACAGAUCCUUCUGCUGAGGAGUUGAGGAAACUAAUGAUGUUGCAUGGCGGUCAAUACCAUGUAUAUUAUUCUAGAUCCAAAACAACACACAUUAUUGCUACAAACCUUCCUAAUGCUAAGAUUAAAGAAUUAAAAGGGGAAAAAGUAAUUCGGCCAGAAUGGAUUGUGGAAAGCAUCAAAGCUGGGCGACUCCUGUCUUACAUUCCAUAUCAACUGUACACCAAGCCAUCCAGUGCGCAGAAAGGUCUCAACUUUAAUCCUGUAUGCAAACCUGAGGAUCCUGUGCCAGGUCCAAGCAAUAUAGCCAAACAGCUCAACAACAGGGUAAAUCACACGAUUAAGACGAUUGAGACAGAAAAUGAAGUGAAAGUGAAUGGAGUGAACAGUUGGACUGAAGAAGAUUCAAAUAAUGAUUUUAGUUUUGUGGACCUGGAACAGACACUUCCAGGAAGGAAACAAAAUGGAAUUCCGCAUCCCAGAGAUAGCAUUGCCAUUUUUAAUGGACACACUCAUAGCUCUAACGGUGCCUUAAAGACAGAGGAUUGCUUGAUGCCUGUGGGCAACAGUGUUGCCAACAGGCUUUCUCCAGACUCUGCCCAGGAGGAGAAGAGGGCUGAGAAGAACAGCACUGACUUCAGAGACUGCCCACUGCAGCAGUUGCAGCAGAGCACCAGAAAUCCAGAUGCUUUGCGGAAUCCACACAGAACUAAUUCUCUCUCACCACCUUUGCACAGUAACACUAAAAUCAAUGGUGCUCACCACUCCACUGUUCAGGGGCCUUCAAGCACAAAAAGCACUUCAGUACCAACUCUUAGCAAGGUAGCACCUUCAGUGCCAUCCAAACCUUCAGACUCCAGUUUUAUUUCAGAUUUCUAUUCUCGUUCAAGACUUCAUCACAUCUCAACAUGGAAGUGUGAAUUGACUGAGUUUGUCAAUACCCUACAAAGGCAAAGUAGUGGUAUCUUUCCAGGAAGGGAAAAGUUAAAAAAAAUGAAAACAGGCAGGUCUUCCCUUGUUGUAACUGACACAGGAAAUAUGUCAGUAUUGAGCUCACCCAGACAUCAGAGCUGUAUAAUGCAUGUUGAUAUGGAUUGCUUCUUUGUAUCAGUGGGCAUACGAAAUAGACCAGAUCUCAAAGGGAAACCAGUAGCUGUUACAAGUAACAGAGGCACAGGAAGGGCACCUUUACGUCCUGGUGCAAACCCCCAGCUGGAAUGGCAGUAUUACCAGAAUAAAAUCCUGAAAGGAAAAGCAGCAGAUAUACCAGACUCAUCAAUAUGGGAGAAUCAAGAUUCUGCACAAACAAAUGGAAUUGAUUCUGUUUUGUCAAAGGCUGAAAUUGCUUCUUGUAGUUAUGAAGCCAGACAAGUUGGCAUUAAGAAUGGAAUGUUUUUUGGGCAUGCUAAACAGCUGUGUCCUAAUCUGCAAGCUGUUCCAUAUGAUUUUCAUGCAUAUAAGGAAGUUGCACAAACAAUGUAUGAAACGUUGGCAAGCUACACUCAUAACAUCGAAGCUGUCAGUUGUGAUGAAGCACUGAUAGACAUCACUGAAAUCCUUGCAGAAACUAGACUUACUCCUGAUGAAUUUGCAAAUGCCCUCCGUAUGGAAAUCAAGGACAAGACUAAAUGUGCUGCCUCUGUUGGAAUUGGUUCUAAUAUUCUUCUGGCUAGAAUGGCAACUAGAAAAGCAAAACCAGAUGGGCAAUACCACUUACAACCAGACGAAGUAGAUGAUUUUAUCAGAGGUCAGCUAGUUACUAAUCUACCAGGAGUUGGGCGCUCAAUGGAAUCUAAGUUAGCAUCUUUGGGAAUUAAAACUUGUGGAGACUUACAGUAUAUGACUAUGACAAAACUCCAAAAAGAAUUUGGUCCCAAAACGGGUCAGAUGCUUUAUAGGUUCUGCCGUGGUUUGGAUGAUAGACCAGUUAGAACAGAAAAGGAAAGAAAAUCUAUUUCAGCUGAGAUCAACUAUGGAAUAAGGUUUACUCAGCCAAAAGAGGCAGAAGCUUUUCUUCUGAGUCUUUCAGAAGAAAUUCAAAGACGACUUGAAGCUGCUGGCGUGAAAGGCAAACGUCUGACUCUGAAAAUCAUGGUGCGAAAGCCAGGGGCCCCUGUAGAAACCGCAAAAUUUGGAGGCCAUGGAAUUUGUGAUAAUGUUGCCAGGACUAUAACUCUGGACCAGGCAACAGAUAGUGCAAAAAUAAUUGGAAAAGCUACUCUAAACAUGUUUCAUACAAUGAAACUAAAUAUCUCGGAUAUGAGAGGGGUUGGGAUUCAAGUGAAUCAAUUGGUUCCCACUAAUCUGAAUCCUUCCACAUGUUCCAGUCACCCAUCAAUUCAGUCAAGUCUCUUUCCUGGUGGGUCACAUUCUGUCCGUGAUCUCUUCCAAGUUCAGAAAGCUAAGAAACCCACAGAAGAGGAUCACAAGGAAGUAUUUCUGGCUGCUGUGGAUCUGGAACUAUCACCUGCCUCUAGAGCUUGUACUUUGUUGUCACCCUUUUCUACACAUCUGGCAGCUAGUGUUCCUGACACUAACAAAGGCGACUGUUCAAAGAAAUGGAAUGGUUUGCAUUCUCCAAUCAGUGGGCAAUCAAGACUUAACCAGAGUAUAGAGAUCCCAUCACCUUCCCAGCUUGAUCAGUCCGUUGUAGAAGCUCUUCCACCUGAUCUCCGGGAACAAAUAGAACAAGUUUAUGCUGCCCAACAAGGAGAGCCACGUGGCAACAAUAAGAAGGAACCAGUAAAUGGCUGCAAUUCAGGGAUAUUGCCACAUCCUGUUGGUGCAGUUUUAUUACAAAUACCAGAAUCUCAAGAAUGUAAUAGUGAUACAGGAAUCAAUGUUAUAGCACUUCCAGCAUUUUCACAGGUGGACCCUGAGGUCUUUGCUGCUCUUCCUGUUGAACUUCAAAAGGAGCUGAAAGCAGCAUAUGAUCAAAGACAAAGGCAGGGAGAGGACACUGCUCACCAGCAGAUAGCUGGUAUAUCUGUGCCGAAGAAUCCUUUACUUCAGCUAAAGCCACCAGCAGUAAAAGACAAGAAAAAUAAGAAGAAAAAAACCCCUAUCACUUCCCCCCAAAAGGUACAGAGUCCUUUGAAAAACAAGCUGCUUAACAGUCCUGCAAAAACUCUGCCAGGGGCCUUUGGGAGUCCCCAGAAGUUAAUGGACGGUUUUCUAAAACAUGAAGGAACAGCUGCAGAGACACCCCUGGAAGAACUCUCAGCUUCCACUUCAGGUGUUCAGGGCCCUUCUAGUUUGCAGCCUGACCAUUCCUGCUUUGUUAGACCUGCAGCACCCAAUUUAGCUGGAGCUGUUGAAUUCAAUGAUGUGAAGACCUUGCUCAAAGAAUGGAUAACUACUAUCUCAGAUCCAAUGGAAGAAGACAUUCUGCAAGUUGUGAAAUACUGCACUGAUCUUAUAGAGGAAAAAGAUUUGGAAAAACUUGAUCUAGUUAUAAAAUACAUGAAAAGGUUGAUGCAACAGUCGGUGGAGUCUGUUUGGAAUAUGGCAUUUGACUUUAUUCUUGACAAUGUUCAGGUGGUUUUACAACAAACUUACGGAAGCACAUUAAAAGUUACCUAAAUAUUCCAGAGAGCCUGGUGCUCUCUGCUAGCUGUGCCAUAAGUGCUUGUGAGGUAUUUGCAAAGUGCAUGAUAGUGAUGCUCUGAGUUUUAAUAAUUUUAAAUUUCUUUUUAAGCAAGUGUUUUUGUAUAUUUCUUUGCAAAAAGUGCCAAAUUUGUCAGUAUUGCAUGUAAAUAAUUGUGUUAAUUCUUUUACUUGUAGCAUAGAUUCUAUUUACAAAAUGUUUGUUUAUAAAGUUUUAUGGAUUUUUACAGUGAAGUGUUUACAGUUGUUUAAUAAAGAACUGUAUGUAUAUUUUGUACAGGCUCCUUUUGUGAAUCCUUAAAAAUAAUUCAGCUUUAGGAACCAGAAACUGUAAAAGUUGUUAACAGGUUUUGUGUUACGCUUUUACUUUUAUUUAAAAAAAUUUCUGUGUUUGUUUUGCCUGCAUGCCUGUAAAUGCACCUGUGUUGUGCAAUGCUCAUGGCGAACAGAACAGGGUGUUGGAUCUCCUGGAAUUACUGACAUUUAUUAGCCUGGUACCAUGUAGGUGGUGGGGAUGGGAAUGGAAACCCAGGCCCUCUUUGAGAGCAGCUAGUACUCUUAACAUGGGGUUGGAGAGAUGAAGGCUCAGCUUUUUGAAAUUGCUGAGCCAUCACAGCCCAGGAGUUUACUUGUCCUGGUCCAAAGGAGAACCAUGUUAAUCAUUUCUUUUCUCAAUGAAUACAAGUGAGAGAGAAGCCUUUGAGGAACUACAUAACUUAGAACACACCCACAUUUUUUUUUUUCCUGUGAAAACUAUGGCCCUUGAGAAACUUUUGAUAGUGAAAAUAGUUUUUCAAACACAUAAAACCUUUCUAUUGUGGCUGGAGAGAUGCCUUAAAUGAUUAAGAGUGCUCCCAAGAGGAUCUAGGUUCAAUUCCCAGCACCCACAAGGUGGCUAACCACUAUCCAUAAUUCCAGUUCUAGGGGAUCUGCCAUCCUCCUGGCCUCUGGGCUUUGCACAGCAUGGAUACACUUACACACAUCCAGGCAAAACACUCAUACACUUAAGACUUUAUGUGUAAUAACACUUAAAAAGUUUGUAAUUCCAUAGUAGUGAAUACUUCAAACACCCCAUUAGGUAUUCUCACAUCCAACACAUUUCUUUAAAAGGGCAUUGCCUCACUUACACCUGAUUCCUCAGGGAUCACCACAGCUAGCUAUUACUCUCAUGAAUAAGUGACUGUGCAGCCUCUCCAAAACUCAAGAGCACUAACCCUCAGCAUUUAAUUCCCUAUUGCCAUUUUUCUCAUCAGAAAAUGAUGGGAUUUUCUAGAACAAAACAGACUGAGAUUAAUGUAUUUUUAAAAUCCAUUCUGGUACUGCAAAGUUUGGUGAAAUAAUCCUCACCCUGGGAAUGUUCUAAGGAUGAGAGCUACACUAACAUGGAAGCCUAACAGCUUGCUGUGUUGUCUCUUUAUUGGCAGUUUGGAAUUGUGAUGAUUACAAUGGACUCUCAUGACCUGUACAAGCAGUAAAAAGCAGCCAGCUAUGCUUUACACCAUGGUUGCACACGAAGCAGAUGAUCAACACCAGAGUGCCUAAAUUUUCUA